UGGAAUGUCCUGCAAUAUCUAACAUGUAAGCACGUCAAAUCAUUUUCUAGACAGAAUCUGAACCUCUCUCUCUCUCUGUGUCUCCUAUUCUCUUUUAAUAUGGAAUUUGAGAAGCAUGAAAAAGGACGCUUAUUCAACAAGAAUUUAGAGGAGAAAUUGACGGUUUCUUCGGGUGAAUCUGAAGCCAAACCUCUGAUCUUCACAUUUGUCCCCACUGUCAGAAGACUACCAACCCACUCUCAGUUGGCUGACACCUCUAAAUUCCUUGUUAAAAUUCCCGAGGAAUCAAGUGAUAAGAAUCCAGAAACUAUAAAUAGGUCCAAUUCCAAUGACUAUCUGACUUUGAAUCCUGGGAACCAACAAGAGAGAGACCUAGGGACAUUGACUUGUCCUUUAGAAAUCACUGGAAAGAUUUCACAAGGAAGAGAAUUUAAAGCAAACGAACUUCAAGGAAUGCAGCAAAGUGGCCUCUUCAAAGCUGAAUAUGUCUUUAUUGUGGACUCUGAAGGGGAAGAUGAAGACACAAUCAGAAGAGGGGACCAAGGCUCCUCAGAGGGAAAGGGUGCUGAAGCUGUCAGACCCAAGUCUCUAGCAAUUUCUUCUGAUCUGGUCUCUGAUGUUGUACGUCCAAAAACAUCGAGGCCUGAUCUCCAGGCCCCAACACAUCCUGAAAUGCCUCAUGGGACAGUCACUCAGCAAAAGCUCGGACAGCAAUACAAGACCAAGUCAAGCUACAAGGCUUUUGCAGCAAUCCCUACAAACAUAUUUCUUUUGGAACAGAAGGCAUUAGAUGAACCAGUCAAGAAUGAAAGUGUCUUCAAGGACAACGAGCUAGACUCGCCUUUGGAGUUGUGUUUCCCUGCACAGCUCAGAAAACAAACUGAGGAGCUCUGUGCUACCAUUGAUAAGGUCUUACAGGAUUCCUUGUCUAUGCAUUCUUCUGAGGUUCCUUCGAGUUCCCCAAAGUCGUUGUUGGGUUCCGACACAAUCAAAAUGCCUGCAACUCUUCCAAGAGCAGCUGGUCGAGAAACCAAAUAUGCCAAUCUCGCCUCACCAUCUUCUACAGUAUCUGAGAGUCAACUGACUAAGCCUGGAGUAAUUCGCCCAGCACCUGUAAAGUCCAAAAUAUUCUUGAAAACAGAUGAGGAAUUCUACGAACCCAAUCCUUUCAGUAAAUAUUUGGAAGAAGAUAGUGACUUCUCUUCUGAUCAGGAUGUGACAGUCCCUCACAAGACUGUUUCUCUCCAUCCUUUAUAUCAGACCAAACUCUAUCCUCCUGCUAAGUCCCUGCUGCAUCUCUCCCAUGCUGACUGUCUUACCCCAGGACCCUUCAGCCAUUUAUCCUCCUUUUCACUGAGUGAAGAACAGGAGAAUUCCCAUACCCUGUUCAGUCACAAUGCAUAUAAUAAGCUGACUCAUCCAAUGGUGACUAUUCCUGAACAUGAAACUCUUGAUCCCAAAGAGAGGCUAUCCCAAAGAGACAAAAAAAAAAGUUGUCAAGAAACAGUGGCCCUAUGGCUUGGUUAA